AGAGAGGAGAGAGAGAGAGAGAGAGAGAGAUGGGGAGAAGGAAAGGGCGAACAGAAACACCGGAAACCCUAAAUCCCGAACAAGGAGAAAAUGAUCAAACGCCACCGACUUUAUGUGAAGCAGAAGGAGAAGAAGAAAGAGCAGGAAAAGGAGGGAGAAAGUUUUACUCGGUGUAUCUACUAACUUCGCUUUCCCCAAGAUUCAAAGGUUCCUCUUAUAUCGGGUUUACAGUGAAUCCUCGUCGCAGAAUAAGGCAACACAACGGGGAGAUAGGGAGCGGUGCUUGGAGGACCAAGAAGAGGCGACCUUGGGAGAUGGUCCUUUGCAUUUAUGGCUUCCCCACCAACGUUGCCGCUCUCCAGUUUGAGUGGGCCUGGCAGCAUCCUCUAGGAUCACUGGCGGUAAGAAAAGCAGCUGCUACCUUCAAAUCUCUUUCUGGGCUUGCAAAUAAGAUAAAACUUGCCUACACUAUGCUCACCCUUCCUUCUUGGCAGAGCUUAAAUCUCAGAGUAAACUACUUUUCCACAAAAUACAUGACGCUCACAUCUGGUUGCCCUAGCCUGCCGGAACAAAUGAGGGUACAGUUUGGUUCUAUGGAUGAGCUUCCGUGCUAUACAGGGGGCAAUUUAUGUGCGGGAGAAAAUGAUGACUGGGAUCCUGCUGGUGACGACUGUGAGCACAGUGGUGGAUCUGAGGAAUCUGCAGAGGAUGGGUCAGCAGAUGCACAACCGCUGAGCAAUAUUGAACUUGUUCAAGAUGGCUUCAAAGAAACUGAAAAUCUCGGUCUGUAUAACUGGACUGAAGCAAUUACUCACCAACAACAAACGUCAACAGAAAGCAGCGUCUUCGAACUGCCAAAGAACUUGCAAAUUAGCAAAGAAGAGGCCCAGAAGCAGUCAUUCCAGCUCGACGACUUUCUGGGCAGAAUUUCACGUGGCUCUGUUUUCAGCUGCAGUAACGCAACAAGAAUUGCUGAAGAUACAGGAACAUUCAGAUUGUAUGAUGAGUUUAACGUCGCAGACCCUCAACUGCCCAGGCAACAAUCUGUACAAAAUGUAACUCUGAAUAAAUUUGAACUCCCUUGCACCUCAUCUGAAGUUGAGGUAAUAGAUUUGUCUACUCCCUCACCUUGCUACAAUGUGAGUACAGGGAAUAAGAAGAGAAAACUCUCUGUUGGAUGUCCUGAAAUAAUAGACUUGACCAAUUCCCCCAUGUUUGUUUAAAUACAGAAAUAUGUCUUAGAAUAAUGUAAUUACUGCUGGAUGAUGCAAAUAAUAUAUGCGAUCCAGAAAUAAAUUGAGUUUCUUACACACUUA